AUGGCGGACUCGUUAAGCUCUAGUUCUGGGCUCCACCGCUUACUGGAUUCGAUAGGACAAUGCUCUGGGUCUAAUUUUCGCGUGUGGAAGGAGAGUUUUGAGCAUGUCAUCAACAUCCAUGCAUCAGAGCUUCUUACGGUUUUGCGCGGAUCGGCUCGGCCGGACCCUCUGGCGGCUACUCAGGCCGACGUUGCCGCCUGGGACAAGGCCAAUAGCCGCCUCUACUCUCUCCUGUUCUUCGCGACUUCCAGCUCGGCGCGGCUCACCGUCCAGGCUCACCGAAAUGCGGGCACCAGCACCGACGGCAACGGACAGUCAGCUUGGGCAGCUCUGAACGCGCGGUUUGAUGCCUGCACCCAAGAAGCUCGGCGUGCGUGCCACCGGGAUCUCUUCGGCCUCAAGCACGUUGCGGGUGGCGAUCCCAUCGACUUCUUCUCCAAGGCGUGCGAGCUGAGGCUCCGCCUUGAGACACUGGGGGAGACAGUAUCCGACGACGUCUACCUGGAUAUCACGCUCUCGGGCCUGACGUCCGUCCCGGAGUUCCACUUCAUCCGGGAGAUGCACUACCGCAACGAGUUUACGUCGGUCGACGAUCUGCAGGACACGGCCACCCGCUUCUUUGUGGACCAGCAGUCGCGCAAGGCGGCGGGACCCGCGGUCUCGGGCAGGGGAGCCGCGAUGGCCGCAUCCAGCAGCGACCAGUGUCACCGCUGCAAGGAGUUUGGGCACUUCCAGCGUGACUGUCCGAAGUCUGCGCCGCCGUCCCGCGCAAGGAAAGGCAAGAAGCCGAAGCCGCGCAAGAAGCGCGGAGGUGGCGGGACUGGGCAGUCCAAGUGGUGCUCCUUCCACAGGACGACGACGCACAGCGAUGCUGAGUGCAAGGCUCAACACAAGAAGAAACAAGAGGAGCUUCAAGGAUUGGCUGCGAACCUGGCCCUGCUUCAGGCAGCUGGCCCGGCCAAUUUCGCCCACCUUGGGAGCGCCCACUUGGCGCAGCCGUUUCAGGCGGCAGCGCCCCAGGCGGCAGCGCCCCAGGCGUCUCAGGCUCCUUCGGAACCCACCACGUUCGGGUUCUCUUUCAACGCUCUCGGCGCCUCUGCAGCCCCUGCCGCCUCGCAGGCGGCUUCCGCGUCUGCCUCGUCCGCAUCUCCUGCGCGGGACCACCACCUGCCUUCUGGGUACUUCGGUGCCUUUAUGGCCUCUUUUGCGGAGGAAACGUCCCCGGCUCUUCCUCGCUCCGAUGGAUCGUCUAUCCUGAUGUUGGUGGAUAGCGGAGCGACGGACAACUAUCUCGAUCCUGCGCUUACGCCUGGCGUACGGGCUCACAUGCGCGACAUCGAAGACCUUCGGAUUCCGCUUCCGAUCAUUACCGCCGGGCAGCACGUUCUUCACGGCGUUACGACGGGGGUGCUCUUCGGCACGGUCACUGACGACAGCGGCCAGGACAGGCAAGUUUCUUUUCGUGUCGUGUUAGUUCCGGGACUGGGGACCAACCUCUUCUCCGUCACCGCUGCGCUGUCGAACGGCGUGGCAUCCCUCUUUUAUCCGGACAACCCCAGGCUGGAAUCGGCGGACGCAGUCGUACCGAUGAAAAUCCAAGGAGUGGAUAACACCGGGAAGAUCACUUGCUCCAUCACCAUCAAGCUCGGCGCCGAGAAUGGCGGUCGACAGACCCCCGGGGAGACUCCUGACGGACUUGCCUUGAGGGUGGAGACUGCUGAUCUUUGGCACCGGCGCAUGGGGCACAUCAACAACAAGAGCUUGGAUGUGUUGAGGCAGCAGGCGGCCAGCGGCAUCGACUACCGUGGCGACGUGCAGGACUGCAGUGCGUGCCCUCUUGGUAAGAGUUCUCAACAGCCGCACCCCAAGCACGCCGUCUACGGCGUUUCAACCCCCUUUCAGCUCGUUUUCGUUGACACCCUUGGCCCUUUCACGCCUACUGCGUUGGGCGGUUUCAAAUACGCCACCAAGUUUGUCGACCAACACACCAAGUGGAAGGAGGUCGUUCUCAUGAAGGAUAAGACUUGCUCAAUUGACGCCCUCGAGUUGUUCAACAAGGGAACCGUCAUCCCCCGUAGCGCACGCAUCCAUGUGCUACGUGCGGAUAAGGGGACCGAGUUUACGAACGCGGCUUACCGACAGUACUGCCUGGACGUUGGCAUUCAGCUGCAAUUUGCGUCUCCAAACACCCCCCAUCAGAUCGGAGCGAAUGAGCGUGCCGGCCGAACGAUCAUGAACAUCGUGCGUUGCAUGCUCGCUGAUUCUACGCUGCCGAGCCUUCUUUGGGGAGAACUGAUGCAGACGGCGGUCUACCUGAGCAACCGGACUCCUCAUGCAGCCUUGCACAACGGAACGCCGUACAAGGCGCUCUUUGGCACGGACGCGCACCUUGGACACCUUCGGGUGGUCGGGGCACGGGCGUUUGUGCAUGAAGAGACGCACACUAAGAAAUUGGACAGCCGUGCAUGGGAAGGACGGUUGGUGGGCUACAGCCUGGACAGCAAAUCCUACCGUAUCUAUAACGCUCAGACGAGACGGGUGCGGGAGAGUCGCAACGUUAUCUUCAUCGAAACGACCCCCGCGCCGCCUUCGUUGGACGAGCGUGGGUUUGACGACGGGGAGUUCACUUACGCCGACCACGACGACAUGAUCCGAGAUGUGCGCAACUACACCACCAACCACUCGGUCGAUGCGCUUUCUCCCACUCAUGCCGUCGGGGAUCCGUCUGUUCUCGAGCUUCUCGAGGACAUCUCCACCGUCCACAACCGUGACCUUGGGACCAACUCCGCAGACCCUGCUCCUGCCGCAGAGGAUGCGCCUGCGGACGACAGCCUUGCCUCGCCUGGAGGAGUCAGCCCUCCUGAGCCGGGUGACGGUGCAUCAUCACCGGCCGCAUCGUUGUCUGCUCCUGCUCCGGCCGGUUCAACAUCCAGUCCUGCGACGCCGCCUGGAGCGUCGGUGACGCCCGCGGUGGCUCUUCGCGUGGUGCAUCUACGCGUGGUGGGCGUGGCUCGGGACGCCACGUUGGGCUUCACGGAAUACGCAUACACCGUAGGGGGAGAACAACCAGACGUUCCUAGAACCAUUCAGGAAGCACGGGCUUCACCGGACACAACGAAGUGGAACGCAGCCGCUGAACGCGAGAUGAAAAGCCUCAGCGACCGCAAGGUCUACAAGCUCGUCCCGCGCUCGGCCGUCCCUCCGGAAAGGAAGCGCAUCAAGUCCAAGUGGGUGUUCAAACGCAAGGCCGACGGGACUUUCAAGGGACGUGUCGUGGCCCAGGGUUGGAACCAAGUUCCCGGACUCGACUGCGGCAGCACCUACGCUCCAGUGUGCAGGAUCCAGAGCGUGCGAAUGGUGGCGUGCAUCACAGUUGAGUUCAACCUCAUCUUCGAUCAGAUGGAUGUUUCUACCGCUUUCCUCUACGCGGACAUCCAAGAAGAAGUGAUGGAGGUGACAUGGUAA